AAAAGUCUUCACACUCAGAUCUCAUUUUCUCUCUCGAUCACCACUUGGCUUCUAAGUAAGUCGAUCUGGUCGAUCUGAUCCUAGCUUCGAUUCCUAGCAAAUUCAGUCCUUCCACAGGUGACCUGCUACGAGUAGGAAAUGAGCAUACAAAGAAGUACCUCAACAUCUUUCCCCGCUUUACCUCGGUGGGAAUAUGAUGUUUUUAUUAGCUUUCGAGGCGAGGAUACUCGCAAGGGUUUUACAGACAAUUUAUACACUGCAUUAGACGAUCGAGGAAUCAAAACGUUCAGGGAUGAUCCUGAACUUGAAAAAGGUGAAGCUAUUGCUCCAGCACUUUCUGCUGCAAUUGAGAAAUCAAGAUUUGCUGUCAUUGUCCUCUCCCCAAAUUAUGCAACGUCGACGUGGUGCUUGGAUGAACUCGUACAAAUUCUUGAAUGCAUGAAAGCAAAUCCUGUUGAUGCGUCAUCAAGUGGUAGGGUGCUGCCAAUUUUCUAUGAUGUUGAUCCCUCUAAUGUACGAAAGCAAACUGGGAGUUUUGGAGAAGCCUUCUCUAAUCCUGAGAAAACGUUUUGGAAUGACAACGAGAAGGUGCAAAGGUGGAGAUCUGCAUUACAUGAAGUGGCAAAUUUCUCAGGGUGGGCAUCCAAACAUUGGCGGUCUGAAAGAGAGCUCAUUAGAGCAAUUGUUGAAGAUUUACUGAAAAAGUUGCAUCUUCCAACAUUCAAGUACGCAGAAAAUCUAGUCGGAAUGGACUCAAGAUUGCAGCCACUUUUUUUGCAUUUGGGUGUAGGGAUGGAUGACGUUCGCUUCAUUGGGAUAUGGGGAAUGGGGGGGAUUGGUAAGACAACAAUGGUAAGAGCGGUGUAUGAGAUGAUCUCUUGUGAAUUUGAAUAUAGUUACCUUCUGACCGAUGUUAGAAAUGACUCUGUUGAAAAAAAUGGUCUACUUAAUUUGCAAAAGCAACUUCUCUCUGGGAUGAUAAGCAGAGAAAAGGCUGAUAACAUAUUGAACCUUUCUGAAGGAGCUGCUGCAAUAAAGAGGCGGUUAGCUCGCAAAAAAGUUCUUCUCAUUCUUGAUAAUGUGAACCAGUUGAAAGAUUUAGAAUAUUUGGCUGGAGGCCCAGACUGGUUUGGUUCUGGGAGUAAAGUACUUAUCACAACUAGAGAUGAGCAUUUAUUGAUUCAGCAUAAAAUUGAGAGACGAUUGAAGGUUGAAGAAUUAGAUAAGGGUGAUUCUCUUAAGCUUUUUAGCAAGAAAGCAUUCAAGAAAGAUUACCCUGCAGAAGGUUUUCUCGAUUUGUCUCAAUCUGUUGUAAGUUACACAAACGGUCUUCCUUUAGCUCUUGAAGUACUGGGUUCUUUCUUGUAUGAAAGAGAUCUUUGUGAAUGGAACAGUGCACUGAGCCAGUUGAGAAACGUUUGUGGCUCGGACAUAUUUGACGUACUUAAAAUCAGUUACAAUGAUCUAAAUUCUCAUUGGAGGAAGAUAUAUCUAGACAUUGCAUGUUUCUUUAAUGGACAUGAGAAAGAUCGAGUAACCGAAGUACUAAAUAGUUGUGAUGUUGCUGCUACUAUAGGAAUAAAAGUCCUCAUGCAGAGAUCUCUAGUGACUCUUUCAAAUGGAAGACUGUGGAUGCACGACUUGCUUAGAGAAAUGGGUCAGGAAUUUGUUCACCUGGAGUCUCCUAUUGAGCUGGGCAAACGCAGUAGGUUGUGGCUUUUUGAAGAUGUCGCACAUGUCUUGACCACAAAUACUGGAACAGAGGCAGUAGAAGGCAUAUUUGUGCACUCAACUAAGUCAAAAUUGGAGGUGAAUGUGCUUUCGAACCCAUUUUUAAUGAUGCGCAAAUUGAGAUACUUAAAGAUUCAGAAUGUGAACCUACCUAAGGAGCUUGAAUAUCUUCCCAAUAGUCUAGGGAUUCUUGAUUGGACAAGGUAUCCGUUAAAGUCUCUACCAACAGAUUUCAACCCUCGGCAGCUGGUUGAACUUACCUUAUGUUAUAGUUGCCUAAAACAUGUUCAAAUAGGCACUGAGCCUUUUUGCAAAUUGAAAAGCAUUAAUUUUAGUCACUCUCUGAAUCUAGUCAACACCCCAAACCUGAAAGAUAUGCCAUAUCUUGAGAUUCUGUGUCUUGAAGGUUGUAUAAGUUUGUAUAAGGUUGACCCAGGAAUUGAAGUGCUUGAGAGACUUACUGUGCUAAACUUGAAAGAUUGCAAGAAUCUUGUGCAUUUUGCAAAUAGUGUGCGUGGCUUAAAAUCUCUCAAGGUUCUUGAUAUUUCGGGUUGCUCAAAACUUGACACACUUCCAGAGGAUUUGGGCCAUACGGGGUGUUUGGUAGAGGUUGAUGUGAGUAAAACUUCUAUACGAGAACUACCUUUCUCUAUUGGUUUGCUUGAAGAACUUGUCUCUAUGUCCUUGAGAGACUGCAAACAGCUUUCGUGUCUUCCAACCAGUGUAGGUGGCCUAAAGUCUCUCAAAUAUCUUAAACUUUCUGGUUGCUUGAAGCUUGAGAGACUGCCAGAUGAGUUGGGUCAGAUUUCCAGUUUGGAGGAGCUUGAUAUGGGACGAAGUGGAAUAAGAGAAGUGCUCCCCUGUAUUAGUCUUUUGAAGAACCUUAAAGAAUUGUCUCUUGCUGGAUGUAAAACACAGUCACUUAGACCAUGGAAUAUGAUGCUCAACCCUCUUCAGUUAUUGCGAAAACAAAGCCACAUUCCGGCAGGAUUAUCGUUGCCAUGUUUGUCCGGGUUGCAUUCAUUGAUUGAAUUGGAUCUAAGUGACUGCAAUCUUUAUGACGAAGCAAUGCCCAGCGAUUUCAGAUGCUUAGCCUCAUUGAAGAAGUUAGAUUUGAGGAAUAAUCAAUUUGUCAGACUACCUGAGGGCAUUAGCCAACUCUCUCAACUUGAAAGUCUCUUCUUGGAUGGGUGCAGUAACCUUCAGAUAGUACCAGAGCUACCAUUUGAUGCAACGGCAAGGGUAUACGUUACCAACUGCACGUCAUUGGAUAUAAUGGCCAAUCGAACAGGACGAAGCAAUUUGUUGCCAAGCGGGAAGGGGGAGAAAGAAAGCUGUGAGGGAGUUGCACUACCAUUGCUAGCACGCCAGCUGGCAAGUAAAGCAACUCCUCGCAAAUCCAUUAUGUUUGUUUGUCCUGGAAAUGAAAUACCAGAGUGGUACAAUCGUCGAGGAGAGGGGUCUUCUAUAACUAUAGAGCUGCAUCCAGGUUGGUUUACUAACAUGUUCUUGGGAUUCGCCCUGUGUGUCGUUUUUGACCACCUCAAACCACGCUCGCCUUUAGAUCUGUGGCAGAUUAAUUGGUCAAUGACAGCCAAUGGAAAAUCCUGGGAUGUGGGGACAGACUAUAUUCCUUCGUGUCCAUUAUUUGGGGAAAGGUGGGGUGAACCUGUGGGGGAUCACAUUUGGUUCUUUUACUUGAGCCAUGAUAUUAUCCGUGCAGAUUUUCAGGAUAUCCACUCUCAGCUUAAAUUCUCAUUUGAACCCACCUUGAAAACUGUGCGAGUGAAGAAGUGUGGUGUCCGAUUGGUGUAUGAGGAAGAUGCGGAGGAGCUUCGGCAAACAUAUUUGAAGCAGAGCAAGAAUACCAAGCGAGGUCUUCAACUCCUCUGUGAUGAUGUAGCAUCUAGUAGUAUUGCAGGACAAGAUCAUCCAGAAAGAAUUAAAGUGUGUUUAAUGGUAAUGUAGUGAACAAGGGUAUUCCUACUGUUAUACAGGCUACAAAUGGUUGUUUGAAUCAAAAGUGAGCUUUUUCUUCUCACUAUCAUUCUCUUCCGGUUUUCUCCUUGUCGCUGAUGUGUUUUCAUCUUUCUACUUUUCCUCUCGAAUGGGUUUUCAUAAGUUACAUGGUUUUGGAGCUAAAUAUUAUUUAAAUUUUGAGAAAUCUCAGCUAUUUGUCCCUUUAAAUGAAUGCGUUGUGGGUGGAGAAACUGAACAAUGCACCAUUUCGUGUAAUUUCCAAGUAUAUAGUGCAAAACUGUAGAGAUUUGUAUAUUUAUUCAUA